UUUUUGCUCGUGACGCGGACUUACAAGCCAGCAGCAGCUGUGAAAGCAAUGAAAGCUUGGACACUUUUUCUUCUUCUUGAUUUUGUGCUGUUGAACGCGGCGGUGAACAAUGUGACGUCAUUGGAGGAAGAGCUGGCACGUUCUAUUUUGGGCAACUUCCUGGACCCUCUCCAAGAUGUGUUUGACCAAAAUCACGAGGUUAAUCAAACGGCGGCCAAGUUCUCCCUGCGUAGACCCUCCAACCCGGAAGACGACCUGUGCUACAUCCUUCCUGGCCGAGCCGAGUCCCUGGCAACUUGCGCCUUCAACAGCACCGCCAAGACCUUCCUGGUCAUCCAUGGCUGGACGCUGAGCGGCAUGUUUGAGAGCUGGGUGGCUAAGUUGGUGUCGGCGCUUCACCAGCGAGAGCGUACGGCCAACGUCAUCGUGGUGGACUGGCUCGGCACGGCCCAGAACCACUACGGGCUGGCCGCCCACAACACCCGGGUGGUGGGACGGGAGGUGGCACGCUUCAUUGACUGGAUCCAGGAAACCAGCAACAUUCCUCUUGACGACCUCCACCUGAUUGGCUACAACCUCGGGGCUCACGUGGCGGGCUUUGCCGGCAGCCACGCCGCCAACAAAGUGGGAAGAAUAACCGGUUUGGACCCGGCCGGGCCUGACUUUGAGGGAGAGCACGCCCACCGUCGCCUGUCCCCGGACGACGCUGGCUUCGUGGACGUCCUGCACACCUUCACCGGCGACUCGCUGGGUCUCAGCAUCGGGAUCCAGCAGCCCGUGGGACACGUGGACAUUUACCCCAAUGGAGGCAGCUUCCAGCCGGGCUGCGACCUGAGAGGCGCCCUGGAGAAGAUCGCCCACUUUGGACUCUUUGCCAUCACCGACGCGGUCAAGUGUGAGCACGAGCGCUCGGUGUACCUCUUCAUCGACUCCCUGCUCAACCAGCAGGAGGCGGCCAAGGCGUACCGCUGUGGCAACAACCACAUGUUCGAGCGCGGCAUGUGUCUCAACUGCCGCAAGAGCCGCUGCAACACGCUGGGCUACGCCAUCAGCAAGGUGCGCAAAGUGCGCAACGUUCAGAUGUACACCAGGACCAGAGCAUCCAUGCCUUUCAGAGUUUACCACUACCAGCUGAAGAUCCAUUUCUCCAGUAAGGUGAAGCGAUGUGAGACGGAACCCUCGCUGAGCGUCUCCUUGUUUGGAACCAAAGGAGAAGCAGAAAAGCUGAAGUUUAAAGUGAAGGAGAAGAUGGCGUCCAAUAGGACACUUUCCUUCCUGCUCGUGACAGAAAAGGACAUCGGCGACCUGUUGAUGUUGAUGUUGAAGUGGGAGGAGUCAAAGGGCUGGUCCACCGCCAGCAUGUUGAAGAUGAUUUCUUCUUGGUGGUCCGGAGACUCGGACAGAACCAACAUGGACGUGCACAGAAUUCGCAUACGAGCUGGAGAGACACAGAAAAAGAUGGUGUUCUGUCUCAAAGAUCCCCAUUCGGCCAACUUAGCGCAGGAGCUUACCUUUGUCAAAUGUAAGGACGCAUGGAGAAUGUCUGAAACAGGCACUUCCAGAAGAAUCACUUUGGAGACCCGCUGACCUCGUGGGCAAAAUGUGGGUCCACUUCAGCACUUAGUACAUCAUUUAUACCUCCUUCUAACUUAUCAUUUAUACCCCCUUCUAACUUAUCAUUUAUACCCCCUUCUAACUUAUCAUUUAUACCCCCUUCUAACUUAUCAUUUAUACCCCCUUCUAACUUAUCAUUUAUACCCCCUUCUAACUUAUCAUUUAUACCCCCUUCUAACUUAUCAUUUAUACCCCCUUCUAACUUAUCAUUUAUACCUCCUUCUAACUGAUCAUUUAUACCUCCUUGUAACUGAUCAUUUAUACCCCUUGUAACUUAUUUCAUGUCAUACAGAAGAAAAGAACCUUUUAAACAUGAUAUCUUUGACUACUGUGAAGUAGUUGUCAAUCCAUCAUUUGGAGGUACUAAUGUUUUAUUGCGUUGAUAUUUCUACAAACUACAGUGAAAGUCAACAGUUGUGUUUACAUGGACAUUUAUGUUCAUUAUGUCGACAUAUUUCCUGUUGGCUGUGAUUGUAAAAAGUUUGAAGCAAGAAGAAUAACUCAUAGUUUUAUGUAUACUUGAAUAUAACAGCCUUGUUGUGUUUUGGUGUGUAAGGCUGAUCUAGUGUACUGAAGGUUACAACUUGAUCUAGUGUACUGAAGGUUACAACUUGAUCUAGUGUACUGAACUUUGAUUGGAUUGUCUCUUCAAUCAGCAAAAUAACAAACACAAUCCAUUUAGCGUGCAGAAUAUAUUCUGACUAUCAAUACUGCCAGGAGUAGAAUGGUUUAGCAAUCGCAAUGUGAUUUAUCAAGACUGAGACUGUUUUUGCAUUUGGAAUCUUGGUGCAAACUGGCACAGUUAAGCACAAAUGACAAAGAAUAUGCCAACAUAUUGGGACUGUCAGAAAAAUACAAAUUUGACAUUUGAUCAUUUUAUAGCUUGAAACAAAUGUAGUUUUUGGCAAUAUUUCAGUCAAAGGGGAAAAAGAGAUGCAAAAAGGCUGAAAUCAAAUCUUCUUCUCAAUUUGACAGAAGAACUUCCCCUUCAGUGAUUGUUUGUAUUUGACAAAUACUUCACUUUUUAAUGUGUGCCAAGUGGGAUUUUCAUACGCUUCAAUACAAGAGUGUUUCUUUUUUCAUAUGGGAGAUAUAUUUCACCUACUCAGUGGCCUAGUGGUUAGAGUGUCUGCCCUGAGAUGGGUAGGUUGUGAGUUCAAACCCCGGCCGAGUCAUACCAAAGACUAUAAAAAUGGGAGCUAUUACCUCCCUGCUUGGCACUCAGCAUCAAGGCUUGGAAUUGGGGGUUAAAUCACCAAAAUGAUUCCCAAGCGCGGCCACCGCUGCUGCUCACUGCUCCCCUCACCUCCCAGGGGGUGAUCAAGGGUGAUGGGUCAAAUGCAGAGAAUAAUUUGACCACACCUAGUGUGUGUGUGACAAUCAUUGCUACUUUAACUUUGUUGAAUCUAGUCUAUUGUUGUGCCCUAAAAAGUGUUUGAUUGCAACGUGCUUAGUUGUAGUUUUCAUUGCCAAAUUUGGAGGUGAUGAAAUCGCCAUGUAAAAUUGCUAAUGCCAGUCAAUAGCAAUUAGCAUCAGUUUUGGGAAAGUGGAGGCUUACUUUACCUAUGCAUUUUUUUAAAUCAAUUUCUUUGUUGACAUUGAAAAUGUAGCUUUGCUAGUGUGUGUAUUUCAAUGACUUUGGCUGAGUCCACUCGCAGUGCUGCCGGACUGAUCGCCAAGUCGCCAACCAAGCUACUGUAACUUUGCA